AUGGACGAGCGAAGCGACCGCAUUGCGGAUAAGGUGCAGGCUCUGAGCGAUAUUGAGCUUGCCACGCUACUCUGCCUGAUCACCGACCAGCAUUGCAUCAUUGAGGGGGACAGGCAGUCGCUAGAUAAACUCGACCAGGAAAUCAGACUGGUGGCAAGAAAUGUAUUCGAGCUGACAUGGGCGGUACUGGAAUGCUCGGAGAGCACCACCGUGGAUGAAUUUUGCACCGGCAUACUUGUCGAAGAGAGUGCCGGGGAUUACUUUAGUGUGGCUAAUGAAGAUCCUAGGGAUGAUGAUCUAAGUUAUGCAGCACGAGCUGGGUCACCGAAGAAGUCGAACGGACGACACCAAAUAGAGGACGGCUUUCCGAACCUCGAAGAACUACAAGGAGUAGAGCCCAUCUACGAAGACAAUGCAUCGACGUCGUCCAUUGUCCGAUCACCCCCGGAGGCCCUUGAGAAGCGGGAAGGCUCUGUUAUAUUCACAGAAGCGGACCUUAACGAGCUUUCAAGUCUCAUAACAAAGGUGUCAAUCAGUACAGAAGUAAGAGCCUACCUACACAAUAUAGUAGUCUUCAUGAGAUUGCAUCGAGCGGUCGGAGGAGGCAUAUCAGCCAUGGCUACGCGGCAUUUCGAUCUGCUGUCGCAGUAA